AUGUAUACUUACUCUGAUGAUGACGACGAUGAUGAUGAUGAAGAGGAGGUGAUGCUUGUUGAAGAUUGUGAUUCUGUUUGUGAAGAUUUACCCGCUGUUGACAAAGAGCCUGUCUGUAUGAUGUUCAGUCGAUACAAAAGAGGAUAUCAAUUUUUCGUCAACGAAUGUCAUGCCCGGAGAUCUAUUUGUAAAGAAAAUUUAGUCGAGCACAUAUUGUCUAUUUUAUCGAAAUUGUAUUUAGCAAUGGACGAAUUAAAUAAAUCCAAAUUUGGCGAGAAAGUUAUUGAAAGACAUUUCAAAACUACAAUGCCUUUCAUCUUUAAUAUGACUAGUUACAGUUUAUGGAAAGCUGUACCAUUUGUGAUAGUAAACUUACAAGCAACAUUUCUAUGGAACGUAACUGACGUAAUGAUUAUGUGCAUAAGUAUUUAUUUGACAUCAUAUUUACAAGAUUUGAAUAAGAUUAUUUAUGACAAUGAAAAAUCAAAAUCAAUUCCUUGGGAGGAUUUAAGAAAGCUCUACUCUCAUCUCGUGGCUUUGGUUAAAGAAAUUGAUUUAAGAUUCUGCUAUCUGGUGCUGCUGUCUUUUUUCACAAACCUGUUCUUCAUCUCUUUGCAGUUAUUUAAUGCUUUAAUAAACGGGUUUCCAUUAGGUAGUGAGGGUGGAAAUAAGAACGCUAUAUCUGCAUUACAUUUGACAUACUAUAUAUACUCGUUCGUGUUUUUGAUGACGAGAGCAAGUGUGAUGUGUUUGCUCGCGGCGAACGUACACAGGGCGGCACAAGAGCCGCUGUUUGUUGUUGGAUAUGUUCCCGCAUCUGAAUACACGCUCGAGGUGCAAAGAUUCAUUCGCCAGAUUCGUUAUACAACGACAGCGCUGAGUGGUGUCUAUUUUUAUGUCACUAGAAGUACUUUACUUAAGGUCGUUGGAACACUUUUCACAUACGAAUUGGUUCUAUUGCAAUUUAAUUUGGACAUACACGGUAUUUGUAACAAAAUGCGAAAAGAUUUCAUUUCUAGAAGUCAAUACAAACAACGGUUAGCGACGUUUCAGUCCGCAAUGAAGUUACCAAUAAUAAUAGGACAAUGCUUCGGUCUUAAUCCGGUAAUUGGAGUUUUCGAUAUCGACGCAACUAAAAUGAAGUUUAAAUUUUUUUCAGCAAGAUGCAUGUAUACUAUCUUUUCAAUACUGGGCCAAGCCACGAUGUUGUUAUUUUCUAUAUUAAAGUAUUUGAAGGAUACUGAUACGUCGUUAUCUUCUAAUACAACUCUAGCUUUCUAUAGCUCCAACUUUUUCACAACGGUGUUAUUUUUACGUAUGGCAACUAAAUGGCCGCGCCUCUGCUUGCAAAUCUCUAUGACGGAAGCGACCAGCCCCAAUAUGGAUACCUCAUUGGUCAAGAAAUGUAACAUGACUUGCAUACUAGUACUGGCAUUGGCUCUCGUUGAACAUUUCCUCUCAGAUCUGUCAGGACUGGCGGCGGUGAUUGAUUGCGAGCCGGAGAAGAAUGUCUACGAGGCGUUUGUGAAGCACAGCUACCCUUGGGUCUAUGCAUUUAUGCCUUACAAUCAUUUCAUUGGAUUUCUCUCACAGGUAUUCAACAUACAGUCGACUUUUACGUGGAGUUUCGCGGAUUUAUUUAUAAUCUGCAUCAGUUUUUAUUUAACUUCGAGAUUGGAGCAAGUCAAUGAAAAAAUUCUUAAAGCUCGUGGAAAAAAUAUGCCGCAACACUUCUGGCGAACAGUCCGUGAAGAUUACAACCGAGCUGCGUCUCUCGUGCGGCGAGUGGACGAAGUCAUUGGUGCUAUCAUCUUCAUAGCAUUCGCUAACAACCUAUUCUUUAUUUGUCUACAACUGUAUAAUACUUUAAAACCUCUACACGGCUACGAGCAAGCUACGUACUUCAUGUAUUCCUUUAUAUUCCUGGUGAUGCGUUCUUUGGCCGUGUCUCUCAUAGCAGCGAAGGUGUAUACGGCCAGUCGCAAGCCAGCGGACAGCUUGUACGACGUAUCUUACAAUGCAUAUAGCGUCGAGAUCAAAAGGUUUCUGGAUCAAGUCCACGGGGAUACGGUGGCAUUGAGUGGACUUCAGUUCUUCAAUAUAAAGAAAGGCCUUGUUCUUUCGAUUGCAGGAACAAUCGUCACAUACGAAUUAGUCCUGCUCCAAUUCACCGGAGUGACGCCGACUUCGAGUCCACCGGUGGCUGAUUAA